AUGGGGCAGCUCGUCAAGAAUAUGCCUCGGCAUGAUAUACAAUGGCGGAAGCUAAAGAGCGAUUACAUGUAUAACAACACGUACUAUCUUCGAAAGAAAAAGUUUAUCGUGUAUCAAUUCGCAACGAACAUCACUGGAGCUGUGAAUAGCAUUGGCAUUGCGGUCUUAAAACCCUACAACGAAGUCCGAUCUCGCACAAUAUCCGACUUUCCCUCUGCUCGUAUCAACUCUACCGAUCUAGUCGCCAGUCUUGGAUUCAAUAUUGCCCCGAAUAUAUUGAUCGGUUUAUUUUUCGGUGCUGCGAUAUUCUAUGAUCUGUUCUGGCCAGAGCGCGUGGAAUCCCGAAGGAUACAGUGGACAUGGCAAUUAUCCGCGGUGGUAUUGUGUGCCAUGGAACUGGCUGCCUUGCUUUGGCUCACGGUUACUGCUGCAACGCACGGUAUUCAGAUCGAUGGGGUUACGGAUGAUCAAGCGAAUAGUAUACGCCAGAGUUGGCAUGGUCCUUCGCUGGAUUAUUGCAAUGACGGUCGCGCAGUAGCGGCGAUUAUUGUUGAAUGGAUUGGGUUUGUGUUCACGGUUUGGAGCACGAUUCUCAUGAUGAAGGCCUAUUCGCAUAACAACAAGUAUGGUCCUUUUGCGGACCAUAUUACUCGGCCUGAUGGUGAGCAUGUCAUGUUGGAUGUUCAGCAAGAUCCAGCGUAG